AUGUUCACAUCACAGAAACAAAGUUCCUCUUCUGUUAGCGGCGGUUAGCUUCAGUUAGCAUCGCUCAGUUAGCUGCCGAGUUGUUUUUUUGUUGUUGUUUUUUUUAACUCGGGCUAAAGCUUUAGUUCGGUUUGGUACCAGUCGAGCGGUGGCGGUACCGGCACCUGUAGUUCUCAGAUAUGUAAACAGUCCGUGUGAGAGUGAACUCAGUGAACAGCAGCAGUUAGCUCAGUGCUGUGAGCCACCGGCUAGUGAGAAGCUAACGCUAAUCGGAGCUGCGGUGAACAGGUGGGGGAUCAGAUCUGAGGUCAUCAUGUUUUUACCUUGAAGACAAGGCUGGGACCAGCUGCAGUUUGGACUCCUGUAACUCGCUGCUGUUACCGUCCUCUGAUUGGUCACCUAUCGCCUGCCUGUCAGCAUGCAGCUGACCUAUCAGAAGCUGCCAGUCCAGCUGAGGCGGAGCUCCAGACUCAGGAAGCUGACGGCUGUGCUGCUCGCCGCCUAUGCCAUCAAAAAACUGUCACCGUACGUCUGGAGGAAGAUACAGAGGAGUGCAGCUGGUAAACACCUGGGCGGAGCUAAUAUACAUGUGGGCGUGGUCAGCACCUCCUCUGACUCUGUGGAAAACAGUGGAGAGAAGAAGAAGAAGAAAGGCAGCAGGUCUCCUUCAGUGAAUAGGGAGUUUGUCCUCAGACUGUCCCGUCUCUUGAAGCUAUUGUUUCCACGGUUACUGUGUCCAGAGAUCGGGCUGCUGGCUCUGCACUCUCUGACCCUGAUGUCCAGAACCUUCCUGUCCAUCUACGUUGCUGCUCUGGAUGGUGUGAUAGUGAGGUGUAUCGUUCAGAAAGACCCUCAGGCCUUCAUGCUGCAGCUCUCUAAGUGGCUCCUCGUUGCCGUUCCUGCAACUUUCAUCAACAGUGCCAUCAGAUUCCUGGAGGGUCAGCUGAGCCUCAGGUUCAGAAGCCGAUUGGUCGACCAUGCCUACAACCUGUACUUCACCAACCAGACAUACUAUCGUGUCAGUAACAUGGACGGGCGUCUGUCCAAUCCCGAUCAGUCUCUCACUGAAGACAUCGUCAUGUUUUCAGCCUCCAUCGCUCAUCUCUACUCCAACCUCACUAAACCCAUCCUGGACGUGGUCGUCACCUGUUAUACCCUGCUGCGCACCGCUCAGUCCAAAGGAGCGAACACAACAUGGCCUUCCAUCAUCGCUGGCCUGGUGGUGGCGCUCACCGCCAAAGUCCUGCGCUCCUGCUCGCCUCGAUUUGGGAAGCUGGUGGCCGAGGAGGCGAGGAGGAAAGGCGACCUGAGAUACAUGCACUCUCGCAUCAUCGCCAACUCUGAGGAGAUCGCCUUCUACGGAGGACACAAGGUGGAGAUGAAGCAGCUGCAGAGGAGCUACAGGUCUCUGUCCUCUCAGAUCCAUCAGAUCCUGCUGAAGCGUCUGUGGUACGUCAUGUUGGAGCAGUUCCUUAUGAAGUACGUCUGGAGCGCCUCCGGCCUCGUCAUGGUGGCCGUGCCCAUCAUCACCGCCACCGGAUACUCCAAAUAUGAUUCUGAGGAGGUGAAACAGGCUGCCAUGGUGAUGAAGGAGGAGGAGCUAGUGAGCGAGAGAACGCAGGCCUUCACCACUGCCAGAAACCUCCUCAACGCUGGAGCGGACGCUGUGGAGAGGAUCAUGAGCUCCUACAAGGAGGUGACAGAGCUGGCAGGUUACGCUGCUCGAGUGUCUGAGAUGUUGGAUGUGUUUGAAGAUGUGAACAAGGGAAUCUACCGACGCUCUGCAGUCAGAAAGGAGGAGUCAGCAGGAGGAGGAGCAGCAGGAGGAGCAGGAGCAGAAGGAGCUGUGGUUCAGCACGGUCAGAGAGUCUGUGGGCAUCUGGAGAUCAGAGGUCAGGUGAUCAGUGUGGAGAAAGGAAUUCACUGUGAGAACCUGCCAAUCAUCACUCCGACUGGAGACGUGGUUGUGUCCAGCCUCAACAUCCAGGUGGAUGAAGGGAUGAACGUGUUGAUCACAGGUCCAAACGGCUGUGGGAAGAGUUCUCUGUUCAGGAUCCUCAGUGGACUGUGGCCCGUUUAUGGAGGAGUUCUGUACCGACCAGAACCACAGCACAUGUUCUACAUCCCACAGAGGCCCUACAUGUCUGAGGGGACCCUGAGGGACCAGGUGAUCUAUCCAGACUCUGUGGAGGAGAUGGUUCAGAGAGGAGUCUCAGUUUCAGAUCUGGAGCAGAUCCUCCGGACCGUCCACCUGCUCUACAUUUUGGACAGAGAGGGAGGUUGGGAGUCUGUCAGUGACUGGAAAGACGUUCUGUCUGGAGGAGAGAAACAGAGGAUGGGGAUGGCUCGCAUGUUCUACCACCGCCCUCGCUACGCUCUGUUGGACGAGUGUACCAGCGCCGUCAGCAUUGACGUGGAGGGAAACAUCUUCCAGGCUGCAAAGGAUGCUGGGAUAGCCCUGCUGUCAAUCACACACAGACCCUCCCUGUGGAAGUACCACUCUCACCUGCUGCAGUUUGAUGGAGAGGGAGGGUGGAGGUUUGAACGUCUGGACGCCUCCACCCGUCUGUCUCUGCAGGAGGAGAAGCAACGACUGGAGAGUCAGCUGUCAGGAAUUCCCAAGAUGCAACAGCGCUUGGCCGAGCUGUGUGUGCUGCUGGGGGAGAGAGAGGAGGAGGAGGAGGAGAUGAAGAGGAGCCUGUUUUAACUGGUUACCAUGGCGACAGAGGAGGCUGAUCAUGUGAUUGAAACUUUUUUUUUUAUGACCUGAUCUUCCGGAGCUGAAGUUGUAAUGAGCAUGAACCACAGAAGAAGAAAAAGAGGGGGAGGAGGAGGAGGAGGAGGAGAGAGGAAGAAGAAGCAGCUGAUUAAUACUGAGAGAGUGUCAGUGUCUGAUGAGCUGCAGAUGAAAAGUUUCUGAUCACGUCUGUUUAUCAAUGUUAUUGAUAAUUUACUGACAGAUGACGACUCAUCUGAUCGUCUGUCCAAUCAGCUGUUCAGUUCUUCUGACAGUAGAACUUGACUUGGUCCAACACAUUUAUUCAUGUUAUUGUCCUCGUUCGACCUGUAUGAAUGAUGUCACUGUGUUUCCUGUCAUUUGAUUGGCUGUUAACAUGACUCUGAGGUCAUGGUAACAUUGUGACUGUGAAGUCAUUUUCAUUUUUGCCAAUUUGAUUCUUUUAUUGUUUGUUUUUAGUGGAGCUGCUUCAUCUGAUCGGAUCAAUCAAUCAGUCGUCCAGCAGCUCAGCUGAUCAGUACAUCAAUACAUGUGCCACUGUUUGAUAAGGAAACAGAGUUUAUUUUAGAGGAAACAGUUGAAGAUGUUUCUUGUUUGUACUGAUGAUGAACUUUAGUAGAAAAUAAAAAUUAUAACCAUCUGCUAA